CUCUCGGCGGACUCGCGGCUACAUCUCGGCGACAUCUCGGCGACAUCUCGACCUGCUCCUCUCAAGGCAUAACGCCGUGCGGCUCGUGCGGCUGUCGGUCCAUCGCAUCACGACGCUGCGCCCUCACGCCACCGCGCUGUCGGCCGCCGCGCGCGCCGCCGCGCUACGGCAGCCUCCCCUCGUCCAGCCGCUCUGCGCCGCCAGCUUGGCGGUGCACGAGGCGGGGUGGGCGUCGACGCGCCGGCUGCUGCACCACAUCCAGCGCGAGCGAGGCACGUCUGUCGCGUGGGUCGCGUCGCGUGGCUCGCUCCCGUACUUUGGCGAGCGGUUGCUUCGCACGCGCAAGGCGACGGACGAGGCGCUGGCCGAGGUGCGGCGACGAGAAGCUCGUCCUGCGGGUGUGAACAGCGCCUCUUCCCACCUCUAGCUGUGAACAGGUGCGCGACGAGAAGCUCGUCCUGCGGGUGUGAACAGCGCCUCUUCCCACCUCUAGCUGUGAACAGGUGCGCGACGAGAAGCUCGUCCUGCGGGUGUGAACAGCGCCUCUUCCCACCUCUAGCUGUGAACAGGUGCGCGACGAGAAGCUCGUCCUGCGGGUGAUGCGGCGGAGGGCGCUGAUCGACGCCGACAUUGCGCGCGAGGAGGAGGCGGACCCACGCGCGUUGCCGGCGCUGGCGGCGGCGCCGCUCGACGCACUGCGCGAGUACAACGCGAUCGCCGAGGAGAUCAUCGCCCACGACGAGGCGCUGCUGCUGGACGACUUGUCGGUUGAGGCGUCGCCGCUCGUGCACGCCCUCCUCAUCUUCACCCGCCUUAAGGACGCGGUGGCGAUGAUGCGAGGCUUCCUCACCGGCAUGCUGGCGCUGCCCGAGCCCGCACUGCGCGAGAUCUACUCGCGCGCCGUCGCUGAGCUCGUCUUCAUCUUGCACCGGCAGUGGGAGUAUGUGUCCACGCUGCAGGCAAAGACGCCGCGCGAGCUGCUCGCCUCGCUCUCUGCGGCGCUGCAGCUCAAGUCCGACUUGCUCGCAGAGGUGCAGUCGCGCCUGGUCUCCGACUUCGACCUCACGGCCGUGCGGAGCACCCUCUCGGUCCAAAAGUGCUGGGAGCUCUACACCGCGCAAGUGGACGGGCUGCAGGUGGUCGAGGUGCAGCUCGAGGCGCGCGUGCGGACCGAGAUCGCCGAGGCAGAGACGCAGCGUGUCGAGGCGAGCCGCGCACUCGGCGACGCCGCCCUCGCCAUCGCCGCCGCCGACGGCGCGGGCGCGAUGGGGGUCGCGCGCCGGCUCGCCUCGAUGCCGUCUGCCGUCAUCAAGUCGGUGCUGCUCGCGCGUCUGGCGGAGCUGGGCCCGGGGGAGGCUGCGCUGAGGGCGGGCGCGCUGUUGGCGGACGGCGGCGCGCUGGGGGAGAGGGCGGAGCCCGCACCGGCCGCGAGGGACGAGCCCGCCCCGGCGGCGCCGUCGCACGGGGCGGGUGCGCCUCGGCGGCGGGCGGGCGAGCGGGCGAGCUGGCGCGAGCAGUGGCGCUCGUCGCCGACGCCGUGGCGGAGCUGGCAGGCAGGGGGCCAGGCGGGACUUGCCGACCAUCUGCCGGAGGGCUUCAAGAUCUCGCUCGACGAGCUCAAGCUAAAGCAGAGGGUCGGCGCCGGCGCCGCGGGGGCGACCUACCGCGCGUCGUGGCGCGGCGCCACGGUGGCGGUCAAGGUUGCCACCAACGGCCGGAGCGGUGUCGCGGGGUGGAGGGCCGAGGUUGCCGCGCUGAUGCAGCUGCGGCACCCGAACGUCGUGCGCUGCUGGGGCGUGGUUGCCGCCGAGCCGAUGCUCGGCAUCGUGCUCGAGUAUUGCGCCGGGGGCGACGUGCGGCACGCGCUCAAGGGGCCGACGCCGCCGCGCUUCCUGUGGCGCGUCGCAGACGGGGUUGCCGCGGGGAUGGCGUACAUGCAUGGGAUGGGAAUGCUGCACCGUGACCUCAAGUCGGCGAACUGCCUGCUCGAUCUCGGCGGGGGCGCGAAGCUCUCCGACUUUGGGCUCGCAAAGUUCGAGGACGAGGCGACGACAGACAAUUUUGGCACGUUUCGCUGGAUGGCGCCCGAGGUGGCGCGGCAGGAGGGGUGCUCGCGAGCGAGCGACGUCUACUCGUUCUCGAUGCUGCUCUACGAGCUGGUCACGCACGAGGUGCCCUUUGAGGACCUCACCGCCGAGCUCGCUGCCGCCGUCGUGGCGCAAAACGGCGCGCGGCCGCUGCUCCCCGCCGGCACGCCAAAGGCGCUCGCCGACGUGCUGCGCUGGUGCUGGUCCUCCGAGCCGGAGAGGCGGCCGAACUUCGCCGACGUCGUCAAGCUGCUGCAGCGCGCGCGCUCCAAGAUGGGCGAGGCGGAGCUCGCGUGGCUCGACGCGCCGCUCGGCCACAGGCCAAAGCCGCGCGAGGGCGCGAAGCGGCGGCCGAGCGGCGACGCACGGCACCCGCGCGGAGGGGGGGAGGCGCGGCCGAGUGCGAGCCGGAGCGAAGCCUCGAUGGACACUUAGUGUGUCGAGGAGCUACUAACGGAGAGAGGCCCGUCAUCCGUCAAUAUAGAGUACGUACCGGGUAUCGUCUCUCGCUCUCGCUCUCCGUGUC